CAACAAAGAUACCCAGAGUGUCUUUCAUAGCUACCAACGAUUAAAUGGCAAGUAUUGCAUUCCUAGGCAUUGCUAACUAGUGAAGUAUACCAGAUGGAAAUGUCUUUGAAGCUGUCCCUUUAAAACUCGAGCAAGCUACCAGGCAAACUCCGCCUCCAGGGAGGUUCCUUAUUAAAUAGGAGCCAACUGGCUGGGUCGGGGCUCAAUACCCCAAGCAAUACCUGCAACUGAGGAUUCUUCCCGGGGAGACCGCAGCCCAUCGGCAUGGCUCAAGAGUUUGUGAACGGCAAAAUCCAGCCUGGGAAGGUGGUUGUGUUCAUCAAGCCCACCUGCCCAUACUGCAGGAGGGCCCAAGAGAUCCUCAGUCAAUUGCCCAUCAAACAAGGGCUUCUGGAAUUUGUCGAUAUCACAGCCACCAACCACACUAACGAGAUUCAAGAUUAUUUGCAACAGCUCACGGGAGCAAGAACGGUUCCUCGAGUCUUUAUCGGUAAAGAUUGUAUAGGCGGAUGCAGUGAUCUAGUCUCUAUGCAACAGAGUGGGGAACUGCUGACGCGGCUAAAGCAGAUUGGAGCUCUGCAGUAACCACAGGCCCCCCAUGCUGACAUCUGUCCUCAAGAGCUGGAUGGAAUUGCAAAUGAUGACAGCACUUCCUGGUGGAUGAAUUUGGGGGCACAAACAGCUUUUUUCCUCUUUUGGCUCUGUAUUUAAAAGUGAAUCAACUUGCUCUUAACCACAGGGCCAAGAAGGUUGACGGGCCAUCUUGGUUUUCUUCUGGAUGCGCUCUUUGGUUUUCAGAAGACUGUGACAAGUUCUGGCCCAGGAUUCCCUCACUGACCCUCAACUGUUCUCUUUGGCACACGUUUCUUACUGUUCUCCACGUGUCAGCAUGUCUCUACCUCUAAGCCAGUGUUUUUCAACUAUGUUUAUCCAGACUCCUUCUCCACAAUGAUGAAUCCAUAGUUGGUUUUCUGCUACUGUCCAUUAGCUGAAAUCAUUUUGCUGCUUGACUUUAUGGAGUUUGUAUUAUGAUAUCAGUGGGUAUUUUGAAUGUGUUCUUUCAAACUACAUGCAUCUCUCCACUCAACCCCACCCCAUCCCAUCCCACCUUGAAAAUCACUGCUCCGAACCAGUGUUCUCCACCUUGUCCUCCAUAGAUCUCAUAGGAAAUGUUCAACAAUUCUGUGAAAGGUCACAGGACCCAAUUGGAGAAAUCAUAUGAAAAGCAUAGUUGGUCUUGGCGUCACAUGGAUCAAAGGCACAAGUGCAGAGGCUGUGGUCAUGCGGAACACUCUGUUAUUUAAGAUGGCUGUCCAGAUAAUCCUGAACACUGUGUAUUUGUUUGAUUUAGACUACCAGCAACGAUUAAAGCACGAAAUGUGAAACAUCUGAGAAAACUUACAGCCCCCUACACCAAGAGUGUAUCUAUGAAAGAGCCCCCACACUUUGAAAACUUAAGAAUCCCUUAUGAAGUUUGCCUGUUCUAGAAUUGUAAGAUUGUUAAUUUCCUUCUUCAGUCUCUAGUGACAACACUUAACUUCUUUUCUAAUAAAAAAAAUACCUGUAGAUGAUUCAGUGAUUUUUGUCCAAUUUGUUUCCAUGUUCUCAAGACAUUAAGGAAUGUUAGGCGAAAUAUACUAACUUAAAACUGUGUUUAUGUUUGGCCAUGCCAAUAUAAAUAAAGACAUGUGCUGCUGUCA